UGGGCAUCCUGCAUUAGACUGACUCAUUCCCAACACUUGCACCUCAUCAUGAGAUCGAUCCUGGAAUUGCUAUGUGUGCUCUCAGCUUUCACGGCAACUGGUUACUCGCUCACAUGUAAGUUAUGUGUGGGUCAAGGUUCUUCAUCCUGCAUUGGUACAAGUGAGACGUGUCCUCCCGACCAUGGCUGUGGCGCUGUUCAUACGGUAACCAAAAUCGAUGAAAAAGAAAUGAACAUAUAUUUAAUCUCAUGCGUGCCUGUGAAGAAGUGUAACACCCCUGGUAGUAUCAGCAUUACCAAUGGAAAGAUACGGAGAGGAACCAGCUGUUGUCACACCAGCAACUGCAUCCCGCCCGCGCCCAAGUUACCAGCAGAUGACAAACAAGCCAAUGGAUUGUUCUGUGGCACCUGUGUGACGGAAGCUUCAGACAACUGCUCCGCGGAGGAGAUGAUGGAAUGUACCGGAAAGGAAGACAUGUGCCUCUUCCAAACCUCCGUUACCACAGGUGACAUCUCUGUCCAGGAGGCUCUUCGAGGAUGCUCCACCAAAAGCUAUUGCGAUCUCUCUAAGCAGUCUGUGAAAUCUACUCUAAUGAAUGUGGAAACGACCUAUAGUUGCACACCGGGGCAAAAUCGUACAGUCACUGCUCCACCUGAUCCGGAAAAUGAGGGCAACUCCAACGGUGGUCGCUAUCCUUCAGUAACUCUUAUCACUAUGUUGUUGUUGUUUCUUCUUUGCAGUAAAUGGUAA